UCCGUCUCUCCCGUGCCAUCCCAAGCACACGCAACACGCAUCCCCGUACCAACUGCUCCUCGCUCCGCUCCUCCUUGUUCCGCGGCGGCGGAACACAUCGAGAUGGCCAAGUACGCGGAGAUGCUGGACAUGGGCGUGCGCAUCGCGGCCAGGUUCCACUCCCACUGCCCGCAGACCGCGCGCAUGUACUACAAGCCGCCGCAGUCCGCCUCCACGUCGGGCGCCGCCGAGGCCGGCACGACGGACCGGAGGGCCGCCGGCUUCGACGGCGGCGAGGACGUGGCUGCUGCCUUCCGGCCCUUCGCCGCCUCGGGAGCUCUCGGCGCCGGCGUCCAGCCGCGGUUCGGCUUCGACACCGCGCAGGUCGUCAUCUACGAGGUCGUAUGAGGCUCCCAGCAACGAGGGCGGGCUCUUCUGUGGAGAGAUCUCUUGGAUGAGAAUAGUUUUGCGACCAUUCUUUAAUUAGUUUGUGUAUACGUGCUGGAAGAAUUGAUCAAAGAAAGAGCUUUUUCUUCUUACUUGCAUUUGUGCAUAUUGGAAGGACAAUGAUGAAUCUCGUCUAGUUUUUCCCUUCAGAGGAAUCACCACAAAUGUCCGUUAAACAAACACAUUUUAAUGAGUACGAGGUCGAAGGGCAAGAUGUCCAACCUAA